UAGUCUCUCUCCGUUAACUCAAGGUACUGGAAAACCUGAUCGAGUAGCUCAGCACCUUUGGCACGCUUCUGGAAAAGUGAAAAGAAAGAUCCCACGAUCGGAGGCAAUAUUUUCCCAUACAGAUCCUUUCUACCAGGAUUCUUGCCACAAAUUCUACGGAUUGCAUACUGGUCGACAGGAGUCACCAUGCUCGCGAUUCAAAUUGUAGCAAUAGAUUGUCUGAACGUGAAUCUGAUCAAUCAAAUUCGAUUACACUUGAAGCUCCUGAAUCUGGACUUAUCUGAAUUGGUAUCAUCAAAGCAGUCAUCAAAGGAUGCUUUUAAUAUUUUGAAAAAUUGCAUCAAACACCACCAGAUAAUUUUACGGCUGAGAAACGAAAUUGAAAGUAUCUUCAAAUAUCCAGUUUUGGUCCAAUUUUCGGUUUCGUUACUAAUUUUCGUGAUGACCGGAUUCCAGGCAAUUGUAUUGACGGGAGCAGAUGGAAUAAUACUCGUUUAUUUUUACUGUGCAUGCAUCACCUGCCAGUUGUUCUCGUAUUGCUGGUUUGCUAAUCAGGUUAUGGAAGAGAAUAAGCUUCUGGUGAUUGCUGGAUAUAAUACCUCCUGGUUUGAUUUUGAAAGCAGAUAUUCAAAAAUUCUAAUAAUUUUCAUGAUCAAUGCUCAGCAACCAUUAACGUUCACGGUCGGCGGAUUUUUCAAUCUUUCCUUGAACGGUUUUACUGGGAUAUUAAGCCGAUCGUAUUCUUCAAUAGCGGUGCUGCGUCAAAUGUAUGCCAAAUAAUCCAUGGCGUUACAACUGCAAGUUAUACAGUACAGUAGAAAUAUUCUAGAAGCAAAUUAAUCAUUCACUUGCUUAUUGACAGGGCAUUUGGGAUGAACUACUUGAAUAUCUUUUAAGCACAAGAUUAUUUGAAAACUGGAUUAGUCUAACCGCGUAUAAUAACUCAGAUUCAAAAAGCAUCACAAAGUUCAUAUUAUUGAUAUAAAUUUCGGAGAACUUUCAAUAGUUUUCAUCACAAAAUAUAAUUUAUCAUAAUUGUAGCCAUUGUCUAGAUAUAUGUAUAGAAUUUAAAUUGGCACAACACACGCUCUGUGAUCACUUUAACAUAAA